GGGCAUGGUCACACCGGCAAUUUUGCGAAAUUAAAAAUAUUACAUUUGUUGUGUUGUUAAAUAAAAACUAGCCAAAAUGCAGCGCGACGAAAAGUUAUUCGAGAUGACGCUGGAAACGGUCCUGCAGCGCCUGAACGAUCUGAAGCUGGCGGUGCUCUCCAUGAUCCAGAAACUAGAGCUGGAGUACGAGACCAUCAACUGGCCAACGUUCCUGGACAACUUUGCCAUAAUCUCGAGCCACCUCACCGGGUUGACCAAGAUUCUGGCCAAGGAGCAGUGCCCGCCGCUUAGGAACCGAACUGUACUUCCCCUGCUGGUCUCCAUGGACCGGGAUGAGACCCUGAUCAGCAUCACGGAGGGCCGUGUGCCGGUCUUCUCGCACGACAUCGUUCCAGACUAUCUGAGAACUAGGCCAGAUCCGAUUACGGAGCAGAAGAUGCAGCAGAACGAACAGAAGGCGGCCAACCUCACAAACGACGCCGCCAUGAAGCAGGUCACCCAGUACAACAAGGUCGUCUCCCACGUCCUGGACAUGGUCAGCAAGGCGCGCGAGGAGUGGGAGAUCGAGAGCUCCUCGCGCACCGGCAUCCAGCAGACAAGCAGCAUGGCUGACACACAGCUGCUGGUGGCCGCCGUUGGCAUGGGCAAGGGCCUCAAGCUGACCAACUAUGGACCCGGGCCGGGCAUGAUGGUACCACCCUCCAUCCGAGCACCCUCGCCCAUGGGCGGACCUGCCAUGAGUCCUGGCAACGUGCAGCAGCAGCUGGGAAAGGCGCCCUCGGCUGUCAAGACCAACAUCAAGUCCGCCAACCAAGUUCAUCCGUUCUCUCGUUAGAAAAAAACCAUAGUUUAUUGGCUAUUAUCGCUUCCUGCUGUGCGGAAUGUGUCGUCGUAAUAAGUUACAUGUCCCUAAACCUAAGACUAUGAUUAAGCAAACAUAAACGUGAACAAAUUCAA